AUGGACAAUUCACAGUUCCGUGCCUUUCUGCAUAACGACAGCAAAGCGCCGGGUACCAAAAAUGACACCUCAGCCUCAGGCUUUAAAAAGCCCACCUUGGGCUCACGAAUGCGAUCCUCCGUGCCCAUGACCCCCAGAUCAGUUGUAGGGUACAACUCCACUCGUGAUUUUGCGAGGCAGGUGGCCGAGCACGAAAGUAAAUCAGACGGCCAGCCUCCGACAAAGAAAUUCAAAUCGAGCGCAGCUCCAAAAGGUACCAAACUUGCUGCCGGAUACUCCGAUAGGACAAAUGCACGGAGAGUCGGAGCAGACAAAGAGGAGACGCAAGAUGACAAGGAGAAAAGGCUCAAGGCUCUGGAGGAGAUGUACAAGUUACAACAGAUCGACGAAGCUACGUUCGAGAGUCUCAAACGCGAGAUCGGUAUCGGUGGAAGUUUGGGUACUACACAUCUGGUCAAGGGGCUCGACUGGAGGUUAUUGGAGAGGGUUCGUCGUGGCGAGGACGUGAAUGCGGUUCCUCAGCCAGAAAAAGAAGAGGACGUCGAGGAUAACAAGGGCGAUCUCGAUGACGAACUCGACCGCGCACUGGAGAUAGAUGUGACGGCAAACUCUGCAGCAUCGCGCAAAGAAUCAAUAGAUGAACAAUCCGAGGAGGGAAUUGCACCACAGGUCACUACGAGAGACGAAAUCCUUCGGCAAUUGAAAGAGAGCCGUGCAGGCAAUGUGGCGUCGAGUCAGGUUGCAGAGCCAUCACUUGGGGGGAAAUUUAAGAAGGUUGGAUCAGAUAGCAAAACGAACAAAAAGAAGUUCGUGGAGACGGUCAACGGACGCCGAAGAGAGGUUCUCCUCAUCACAAACAAGGAUGGAUCAACGAAAAGAAAGACUCGGUGGCUCGACAAGGAAGAAGAUGCUGCCCCCAAGCAAAGUGAGCCACUCGGCAUGGAAGUGCCAGCAGAGUUCCUGGAGAAACAAAAGGCCCUAUUAGAAAAGCAGGCUGCCGAAGAGGACGAGGACGAUGACAUUUUUGGAGGCGUCGCCGCUUAUGACCCAUUGGCAGGACUCAACAGUGAGGAAGAAGAGUCUGGCGGCGAAAUGCGCGGCCCAACCAAGCCUGAUAGCCAAGCAAAGCCUCAACAAGCAAUUCAGGAUCAGAAGCCAAGGAACUACUUUGGAGGGCCAAAGAACAGCGAUGAGGUUCAGGAUCGGUCGAAUCCCAUUACGAAAGAUGCCACUCUACAGGCCGCCCUCAAACGAGCGGCUAUGUUACGCCGAGAUGAGGAAUCGGGCAAGGACGAAAAGGAUGGAGGAGUAGGCGAUUCAGACCUAGACCGAGAAGCCAAACACAAACAGUUUUUGGCACGACUGAAGGAACAAGAUCGUGUCGAUGCUGCAGACAUGGAUCUUGGGUUUGGCGAAAGUCGGUUUGGAGAUGACGAUGAUGAAGACGGGGAAAUCUGGGAUGGGGAGGAGGGCGAGGGAAAGAAGACGGCCAGGAAGCGAGGAGGGAAGAAACGCAAGGGUGAUAAGGAUAAUGUCAAUGAUGUGAUGAGCGUUCUCGAGGGUCGAGCAAAGAAAGCAUGA